CACACUGUCCGGUCGUUUUGCUUUGCUAUUUCCAUUUCGCUCGUCGAAAAAACGCAGAAAAUGUGGAAAUUAAUUGAUAAACUGUGCUAAAUAGUGUGUGUGAAUAUGGUACGCAGUGUCUGCCAAUGAAAUUACAUCGAAUUUGUGGCGUUCAAUUGCCAAAAAAGUGUGAAAAUCGAGAGCAGAAAACCUGAUUUCUGUGAAGAAGAAGCAGGCAUUUUUCAUCGUCGUAAAACCCAUACAUACAGACACCCGCACACACACACGCGCGCAAACGUAGCAACAUAUGUAUAUACGAAACGCGCGGGCGCGAGAGAGAGAACGGAAUAGCAAGAGAGCGGGCCAUUUCGGUGUACGUGUGUGCGUGUAGCUGUGCGUUUGUUUUGUGAGCGCAGAGCAGAGAGCGAAAGAGAGCGGCGAAUGUGAGAGCCAAAGCAAAAACCAAGAAAUAAGUGAACGAAAAUAAAAACGAAAAUCGCAAUCUCCACCCCUGUAUAUUGUGUUUACUAGUGUUUUGAGUGCGUGUGUUUCUGUCCCGUUUUGUUGUGAAAUUGUCCCAAGUGUGGAUUAUUUUCGUUUUCGUAUUAUAUUCGUGCACCAAGGAUGCCAAAUGGUAACAACAACCCCUGAAACGGUAUCGAAUCUCAAUCUGCAUCUGGAUACACGCUCGACAGCAAGAUUUCAAGACACGCAGACUGCAGACUUUUGUGAGACAGUGUGUGUGAGUGAAGCAGUGGGGUGGAAUGGGAAGAUGGCAAUGAUGUAGACCGAGGAUGUAUUGAGAUGAUGAUGGGGAUAAUGAUGGUAAUGGUAAUGAGCACCAUGUGGCCGCCAACACAAACCAGCAUCAGCAACAACAACAAGAGCAACAGUGGCAGUUACAGAUGAGAAAAGUUGCCGCGAAAGUACAGCAAUGUGGAAAACUGUGAAUUCGUCGAGCAGAAACUCCCAACGCAGAAAAACUAAACGCGCAAAAAGAAGAAUUUUCAUCAGGCCAUAAAAGCGAGAACAAAGAGAAAAACUGUCGUAAAAAGAGCCAGCAGUAGGGAAAACCCACCACUUAAUAGUGGCCCACAACAGCAACAACGCCAUCAGCAGCAGCAGCAACAACAACAACAACUUGAGUUAUCCACAAGUUCGAGAAAUCAAACAAUUCGAGGAAAUCAAAGAAAACAAACUGCAAGUCCCAGUAUAAAUCGAACAAAAAACGAGGAAAAUCCAAUCUAAAGGCAGGCAAAUGCAAAUGCAAAGGCAAAGGCAAUCACACUACUAUUAUGGGCCGCUCCAAGUUUCCCGGCAAACCCUCCAAGUCGAUCAACCGUAAGCGGAUCAGUGUCCUGCAGCUGGAGGAUGAUGCGGCCAAUCCGGCCGAACCGCAGCAGCCAGCGCCGGAGUCCCAGCAGCCGAGUGGCUCUGGAUCUGGUUCGCCGGCUGCCCGGGAAAAAGGCAACAAUUGUGAUAACGAUGAGGAUGAUAAUGCGCCGGGUGGUGCCUCAAUUAGUGGCAAUACGGCAUCGUCAUCCGCAGGCUCCGGAAACAGCGGCAAUGGCAGCAGUUCCGGAUCCAGUACGGGAUCGGGAUCAUCCGGAUCGGGAUCCACGAAUGGCGGUAGUGUAAAUGGCGGCACCCAUCACAAGACUGCGGCCAAUCUGGACAAGGAGGCUGUGACGAAGGAUCAAAAUGGUGACGGUGAUAAAACGAGAGGAAAUGUGUCGAGUGCACCUUCAGGAAAAUUAUCCGCAGCAGCUUCUGGAAAAGCCUUGAGCAAGUCCUCCAGAACUUUCUCAGCGUCGACUUCUGGAACAUCCUCAGGACGGUCGUCUGGCUCCUCUCCAGAAGGAAAUUCCGGAGCAUCUUCCGAUGGAGCAUCUUCCGGAAUAUCCUGCGGAAAAUCUACAGUCAAGUCCUCAGAAGCAUCCUCUGGAAAAUUGGCGAAAACAGCAGGCGCUGGGCCAUGCUCUUCUGCGAAGUCUUCUAAAGCAUCUUCUGGAACACCUAGUGAAGCAACAACCUCUGGCCUUUCCAGCGCAUGCCUUAAAGCACUAUUCGUGGCGACACCGGCCACAUCAACUGGAUUGGCCUGUGCCCUGGUUUCCCCCGGAGGAUCGUCGCCAGGUGGAGCCUUUCCUAUAAGUGCCGCUUUACUGAGAGCACGCAAGAAUAGUAAUAAAAAGUUCAAGAAUCUGAACCUGGCCAGGGGCGAAGUUAUGCUGCCCUCCACAUCCAAGCUGAAGCAGCUCAAUAGUCCGGUGGUGGACAAUCCGUCCCCCUCCGCGCCAAUUGCCUCCGGCUCCACGCCUGCUGUGGAGGGAGGAACGGGCGUAGGGGGCGUGGUCAGCCCGGGUGAGGAUGCGGCCCUGAAGCGCGUCUUGACCGAAAUGCCCAAUGAAGUUGCCCGCGAUCCCUCUCCAUCCAGCUGCCCUGCAGCGGCAAAUGGAGCAGCAUCGGGAAAAGGACCUGCUUCCAAUGGACCGCCAGCAGUGGCCACUUCUGGGGACGGCAGUAGUCCCAAAUCUGGAGCGGAUACGGGACCAUCGACUUCAUCAACGACAGCUAAGCAAAAGAAGACGGUGACGUUUAGAAACGUGCUGGAGACAAGUGAUGAUAAGUCGGUUGUGAAGCGGUUCUACAAUCCAGACAUCCGCAUACCAAUUGUCUCAAUUAUGAAGAAGGAUUCCUUAAACCGACCGCUGAACUACUCCAGGGGAGGCGAGUGCAUUGUGCGACCCUCCAUUUUGUCCAAGAUACUCAACAAAAACUCCAACAUCGAUAAGCUGAACUCUCUUAAAUUUCGAUCGGCGGCAGCGAGCUCAUCUUCCUCAAAUCAGGAAUCAGGAUCCUCUUCAAAUGUGUUUGGCUUGUCCCGCGCUUUUGGCGCUCCCAUGGAUGAAGAUGAUGAGGGUGGCGUUACCUUCCGUCGCAAUGAUUCUUCAGAAGAUCAAAACAACGCGGAGGACGAAGAAAUGGAUGACGAUGAGGACGACGAAGAAGCCGAGGAGGACGAUGAAAAUGAGGAUGACAAUGAUGAAGCAGCAUCCGAAAAGAGUGCAGAAACCGAGAAAAGUGCCGGAGCUGAUGAACGGGAACCGGAUGAGAAGCAGUUGGUUAUGGACUCGCAUUUCGUGUUGCCCAAAAGGAGUACACGAUCUUCGCGGAUCAUCAAGCCCAACAAGAGAUUGCUAGAAGAGGGUGCUAUUAGUACCAAGAAACCUUCUUCUCUUGGCGACUCUAAAGCCAAAAACGUCUUCGGAGCAUCUUCCUCAAGUGUGGGUUCCACGGCAUCAACAUUCUCCGCAUCAACAAAUCUGAAGCUUGGCAAGGAGACCUUCUUCAACUUUGGCACCCUUAAGCCAAAUAGUAGUGCAGCUGGAAACUUUGUUUUGAGGCAACCUCGUCUGCAAUUCCAGGCAGACAACCAGCAGGCACCAUUCACGGCUCCAAAAGCUUGUCCCACAUCACCCAGUGCCAUUCCGAAACCAGCUAAUUCCUUGGCGACUUCGUCUUUUGGAUCGUUAGCCAGCACGAGUUCAUCAACAGUAACACCUACUCCCAGUGCCUGCUCCAUAUGCUCAGCGGUGGUCAGCAGCAAAGAGGUGGCCCAAGCCCGUAAGUACGGAGUUGUGGCGUGCGACGUGUGCAGGAAGUUCUUCUCAAAGAUGACCAAGAAAUCUAUAUCGGCCAAUUCGAGCACUGCGAAUACGUCCUCCGGCAGCCAACAGUAUCUGCAAUGCAAAGGAAGUGAAGGAUCACCUUGCAGCAUUCAUUCAGCCAAGAGUCAGUUGAAAAACUUCAAGAAGUUUUACAAGGAUCGGUGCACUGCGUGUUGGCUGAAAAAAUGCAUGAUCUCGUUUCAGCUUCCUGCAGCUCAUAGAAGCAGGUUAAGUGCUAUAUUGCCACCGGGUAUGCGAGGAGAAUCCGCUUCCCGAGAAGAAAAAUCUGCGGAACUGCUUUCUCCAACAGGCAGUCUGAGAUUUACUUCUACUGCGUCCUCUUCUUCUCCUUCGGUAGUUGCUUCUACGUCUGUGAAGUGGAAGUCCAGUGGUGACUCAACUUCGGCCUUGACUUCGAUAAAGCCCAAUCCGCUGGCGGAGAACAAUGUCACAUUUGGCAGUACUCCUCUGCUGCGUCCUGCGAUUUUGGAGAAACCCCUUUUCCUGAAGAUAAGCAAUGCAGCAGAUCAAAAACUUACAGCUGCUGAAGCAAUCAGUCCCAGUUUGACAAAAAAGACCAGCAAACAGGAGAAAGAAAAAGUAAAGGAAUCGGAACAGAGCGAAAAGCUUCUAAGUCCCACACAGGCAGCCACAAAGAAACCUGGAGCAGCAGAAGCUCCAGUUGCAGAAGCUCAACCUCAAAAAGAGGAGGCACCACAAACGUCUACCACCACCCAGCCAUCUGCUUCCAAUGGAGCUUCUCAAGGGGUUCCUCAAGCAGAACUUGCUGGUGAAACGAAUGCUACAGGCGACACCCUCAAACGACAAAGGAUUGAUCUAAAGGGACCUCGAGUAAAACAUGUGUGCCGCAGUGCCUCCAUUGUCCUCGGGCAACCUUUGGCUACCUUUGGCGAGGAUCAGCAACCUGAGGAUGCGGCUGAUAUGCAGCAAGAAAUAGCUGCUCCAGUGCCAUCAGCAAUUACAGAGCCUUCACCUGAAAAACCAACUCAAAUCGUUACAGAUGAGAACGAUAAUUGUGCUAGCUGUAAAACGUCUCCUGUUGGUGAAGAAUCGAAGCCCAGCAAGUCCUCUGGCAGUGGCCAAGCUGAAGUUAAGAAAUCAACAGCGGGAGGUAAAGAAGGGGCAGCAAGUGCAGCUGGAGUCCCAUCUGCAAAGGUUACAACACGAAAUGCAGCGGUUGCGUCCAGCCUAAUAGUGGCAGCCAGCAAAAAACAGCGUAACGGGGACAAUGCUACCUCAAGUUCGGUCACUCAAUCGUCAAAUCAAACCCAGGGACGCAAAACUAAGGAGCAUCGACAGCAGCGUACACUGAUAUCCAUCGAUUUCUGGGAGAAUUAUGAUCCUGCUGAAGUGUGCCAAACUGGUUUUGGUUUGAUAGUAACGGAAACAGUGGCUCAGAGGGCUCUGUGUUUCCUAUGCGGCUCUACUGGCUUGGAUCCGCUGAUCUUUUGCGCCUGCUGUUGUGAGCCCUAUCAUCAGUACUGUGUCCAAGAUGAAUAUAAUCUGAAACAUGGCUCUUUUGAGGAUACCACGCUAAUGGGCAGCCUUCUGGAAACGACGGUAAAUGCCUCCACGGGACCAUCAUCAUCCUUAAAUCAACUGACACAGCGCUUGAAUUGGUUGUGUCCUCGAUGCACCGUUUGCUACACCUGCAAUAUGUCAUCAGGGUCCAAAGUCAAGUGCCAGAAGUGUCAAAAGAACUAUCACAGCACCUGCUUGGGCACUAGCAAGAGACUUCUUGGAGCUGAUCGUCCGUUAAUAUGUGUCAAUUGCUUAAAAUGCAAGUCUUGCUCCACCACAAAAGUAUCGAAAUUUGUGGGUAACCUGCCGAUGUGUACGGGUUGCUUUAAGCUGCGCAAGAAGGGCAACUUUUGUCCAAUAUGCCAGAGAUGCUAUGAUGACAACGAUUUUGAUUUGAAAAUGAUGGAGUGUGGUGACUGUGGUCAAUGGGUUCAUUCCAAGUGCGAAGGUCUCAGCGAUGAGCAGUACAAUCUAUUGAGCACUCUACCGGAAUCAAUAGAGUUUAUCUGCAAGAAAUGUGCCCGCAGGAAUGAGAGUUCUAAGAUCAAGGCUGAGGAAUGGCGACAAGCCGUAAUGGAGGAGUUCAAAGCCAGUCUCUACAGUGUUUUGAAACUUCUCAGCAAAUCUCGGCAAGCUUGUGCCCUUCUCAAACUAAGUCCCCGCAAGAAACUGCGCUGCACCUGCGGAGCAUCCUCAAACCAAGGGAAACUUCAACCAAAAGCCCUUCAGUUCAGUAGUGGAUCGGAUAACGGUUUGGGCAGCGACGGUGAGUCUCAAAAUAGCGACGAUGUCUAUGAGUUCAAGGAUCAGCAGCAACAACAACGGAAUGCUAACAUGAACAAGCCACGAGUAAAAUCCCUGCCCUGCUCUUGCCAACAGCACAUCAGUCAUCCGCAAUCUUUUAGCCUGGUGGAUAUUAAGCAGAAGAUUGCUGGCAACUCAUAUGUUUCCCUGGCGGAAUUCAACUAUGACAUGAGUCAAGUAAUCCAACAGAGUAAUUGCGAUGAACUGGACAUUGCCUACAAAGAGCUGUUGAGUGAGCAGUUCCCAUGGUUCCAAAACGAAACGAAAGCCUGCACCGAUGCCUUGGAGGAGGAUAUGUUUGAGUCCUGUUCUGGAGGCAACUACGAGGAUUUGCAAGAUGCCGGAGGAGUAAGUGCUUCUGUUUACAACGAGCAUUCGACUUCACAGGCAGAAUCGCGAUCUGGUGUGUUGGAUAUUCCCCUGGAGGAAGUUGACGACUUUGGCAGUUGUGGCAUUAAGAUGCGAUUAGAUACAAGAGUGUGUCUGUUCUGCAGAAAGAGUGGUGAAGGCUUAUCAGGCGAAGAAGCUCGUCUUCUGUACUGCGGUCACGACUGCUGGGUUCACACCAAUUGUGCCAUGUGGUCUGCGGAAGUGUUCGAGGAGAUUGACGGUUCACUUCAAAAUGUCCACAGUGCGGUGGCCAGGGGCAGGAUGAUCAAGUGUACGGUAUGUGGAAACCGAGGAGCCACUGUCGGAUGCAAUGUGCGAUCUUGUGGUGAACACUAUCACUAUCCAUGUGCCAGAAGCAUCGACUGCGCUUUUCUCACAGAUAAGUCCAUGUAUUGUCCUGCACAUGCAAAGAAUGGAAAUGCCUUGAAAGCCAAUGGAUCGCCCAGUGUUACAUACGAAUCCAACUUUGAGGUUUCCCGACCCGUGUAUGUGGAAUUGGAUAGAAAAAGGAAAAAACUGAUAGAACCGGCUCGUGUGCAAUUUCACAUUGGAUCUUUGGAGGUGCGCCAGCUUGGAGCUAUAGUUCCCAGAUUUUCGGACUCCUACGAAGCCGUGGUACCUAUUAAUUUCCUGUGCAGUCGUCUGUACUGGUCUUCGAAGGAGCCCUGGAAAAUCGUUGAGUAUACAGUGCGCACCACAAUACAGAACAGUUCGUCAACUCUAACAGCCCUGGAUGUGGGUCGGAAUUAUACGGUAGAUCACACAAAUCCAAAUAGCAAGGAGGUUCAGUUGGGUAUGGCGCAAAUUGCUCGAUGGCACACAAGUCUAGCGAGGAGUGAAUUUCUGGAGAAUGGCGGAGCCGACUGGAGCGGUGAAUUCCCGAAUCCCAACUCUUGUGUACCACCGAAUGAAAACACCGAAGAGGAACCGCAACAGCAGGCUGACUUACUUCCCCCAGAGAUUAAAGAUGCCAUAUUCGAAGAUCUUCCCCACGAGCUGCUCGAUGGCAUCUCCAUGCUGGACAUAUUCUUGUAUGACGAUAAGACAGACUUGUUUGCCAUAAGUGAACAAUCCAAGGAUGGCACUCAGGCAAUGACUUCCAAUCAGGCUCAAAAUCAAAAUCAACAAACAGGUGGAGCUAAUUCUGUGAGCAUUUGUGAUGAGGAUACCCGCAAUUCAAAUACGAGCUUGGGAAAUGGCUGGCCAGCCAGCAAUCCUGUGGAGGAUGCGAUGUUAUCCGCAGCUCGAAACUCCAGCCAAGUGCAGAUGCUCAAGACACUAGCUUGGCCAAAGCUCGACGGGAAUAGCGCCAUGGCCACCGCUAUAAAAAGGCGAAAGCUGUCGAAAAACCUGGCUGAAGGAGUAUUUUUAACCCUAAGCAGUCAGCAAAGGAACAAAAAGGAGAUGGCCACGGUGGCAGGCGUGUCGAGGAGGCAAUCUAUCAGUGAGACAUCCGUCGAAGGAGUCGCCACCACAUCUGGAUCUGUGAGAAGCAAGAGUUUCACCUGGAGUGCUGCAAAGCGUUAUUUCGAAAAGAGUGAAGGGCGCGAGGAAGCAGCUAAGAUGAGGAUAAUGCAAAUGGAUGGCGUGGACGAUUCAAUUACCGAAUUUCGCAUAAUUUCCGGCGAUGGAAAUCUAUCAACAGCUCAGUUCAGCGGUCAGGUUAAAUGCGAUCGGUGUCAGUGCACCUACAGAAAUUACGACGCCUUCCAGCGGCAUUUACCAUCCUGCAGUCCUACAAUGUCCUCCAAUGAAUCGGAAUCUGACGUCAGCGGGCAAGGAAUUACUAAUAAUGCUACCCAAAUCAGUGCGGAAAGCUUGAACGAGCUGCAAAAACAACUUCUCGCGAAUGCAGGAGGUUUAAAUUACCUUCAAUCAGCAACAUCGUUUCCCCAAGUUCAGAGCCUGGGCUCCCUGGGACAGUUUGGCUUACAGGGAUUACAACAGCUUCAACUACAACCCCAAUCCCUGGGCAAUGGAUUUUUCCUAUCCCAGCCGAAUCCAGCUACCCAAGCAAACACGGACGAUUUGCAAAUCUAUGCGAAUUCACUGCAAAGUUUGGCUGCCAAUCUGGGUGGAGGUUUCACGCUAGCUCAACCUACGGUGACAGCUCCAGCACAGCCUCAAUUAAUUGCUGUUUCCACCAAUCCGGAUGGUACUCAGCAGUUUAUCCAAAUCCCCCAAACGAUGCAGGCCACAACGACACCAACAGCAACCUAUCAGACCCUGCAGGCCACCAAUACGGAUAAGAAGAUUAUGCUUCCCCUUACGGCAGCUGGAAAGCCACUGAAGACAGUGGCCACCAAGGCAGCGCAACAGGCGGCUGUCAAACAGAGGCAGCUGAAGUCAGGACACCAGGUGAAGCCGAUUCAGGCCAAGUUGCAACCGCACCCUCAGCAGCAUCAACAGCAGCAGCAGACUCAGGUGCAACAGCCCAUCACUGUUAUGGGGCAGAAUCUCCUCCAGCCGCAGCUGUUGUUCCAGAGCAGCACCCAGACUCAGGCUCCGCAGAUAAUCUUGCCUCAAGCUCAGCCCCAGAACAUCAUUUCUUUUGUGACUGGAGACGGAAGCCAAGGACAGCCACUGCAAUACAUCUCUAUACCAACAGCGGGGGAGUAUAAACCCCAGCCACAGCCUACGGCAACGCCUACUUUCCUGACAACUGCACCCGGAGGAGGUGCUACCUAUUUGCAAACGGAUGCGAGUGGAAAUUUAGUGCUUACUACCACACCCACCAACUCAGGAUUGCAAAUGUUGACGGCGCAAUCCCUACAAGCGCAACCUCAAGUAAUAGGAACGCUCAUCCAGCCCCAAACCAUUCAGUUGGGAGGAGGCGCUGAUGGCAACCAGCCAGGCGGUAAUCAGCAACCAUUAAUAUUAGGUGGUACAGGUGGAGGAUCCACCGGCCUGGAAUUUGCCACCACCUCUCCCCAGGUGAUUCUCGCCACACAACCGAUGUACUAUGGACUGGAGACGAUUGUCCAGAAUACGGUCAUGUCGUCACAGCAGUUUGUUUCCACUGCAAUGCCAGGAAUGCUUAGCCAGAAUGCCAGCUUCUCAGCAACCACUACACAGGUGUUCCAGGCGAGUAAAAUCGAACCGAUUGUUGAUCUGCCCGCUGGCUAUGUGGUGCUCAAUAACACAGGAGAUGCAUCCAGUGCGGGCACAUUCCUAAACGCAGCCAGUGUGCUGCAACAGCAAACGCAGGACGACACAACAACGCAGAUACUGCAGAACGCUAACUUCCAGUUCCAGUCGGUGCCCACAUCUUCAGGAGCUUCCACAUCAAUGGAUUACACCUCUCCUGUAAUGGUCACAGCGAAGAUCCCGCCAGUAACUCAGAUGAAGAGAACGAAUGCUCAAGCCAAGGCAGCGGGAAUUUCGGGAGUGGGCAAAGUGCCACCACAACCACAGGUGGUCAACAAGGUGCUGCCCACCAGCAUAGUCACCCAGCAGUCUCAAGUACAGUUGAAGAACUCCAAUCUCAAACAAUCUCAGGUUAAGGGCAAAGCCGCUUCCGGAACGGGAACAACUUGUGGAGCACCACCCAGUAUUGCCUCGAAGCCUCUUCAGAAGAAAACCAACAUGAUACGACCCAUUCACAAGCUGGAAGUGAAACCCAAAGUGAUGAAGCCUACGCCGAAGGUACAAAGUCAAAAUCACUCCUUGUUGCAGCAACAGCAACAGCAGCAGCCACAGUUACAGCAGCAGAUUCCAGCCGUGGUGGUCAAUCAGGUGCCGAAGGUUACGAUAUCACAGCAGCGAAUCCCCGCGCAACCGCAGCAGCAACAGCUGCAGCAGGCGCAGAUGAUCCAUAUUCCUCAGCAGCAACAACCGCUCCAGCAACAACAGGUGCAGGUGCAGCCUUCAAUGCCCAUUAUAACACUCGCUGAGUCACCAGUAGUGCAAUCGCAAUUCGUGAUGGAACCUCAAGUUUUGGAGCAGCAGGAGCUGGCUAACCGCGUGCAGCAUUUCUCCACAAGUAGCAGCAGUAGUAGUAGCAACUGCUCGCUGCCCACCAAUGUGGUUAAUCCUAUGCAACAACAAGCACCACCAACCACCAGUAGCUCCACAACCAGGCCUACGAAUCGGGUGCUACCGAUGCAGCAGCGGCAGGAACCUGCUCCGUUGUCCAACGAGUGCCCCGUAGUUCCGUCACCCACUCCUCCGAAACCUGUUGAACAGCCUAUAAUCCAUCAAAUGUCUAGCGCCAGUGUGUCCAAGUGCUAUGCCCAGAAGUCAACACUACCAUCACCAGUUUACGAGGCGGAACUCAAAGCUAGUUCAGUUUUGGAAAGCAUUGUGCCAGAUGUCACAAUGGAUGCAAUCAUGGAGGAACAGCCGGUAACGGAGUCCAUCUACACGGAGGGACUCUACGAGAAGAAUUCGCCGGGGGAGUCGAAGACUGAACAGCUACUUCUCCAACAACAGCAGCGAGAGCAACUUAAUCAACAAUUGGUCAACAACGGGUAUCUGCUCGAUAAGCACACCUUCCAAGUGGAGCCAAUGGAUACGGAUGUCUACAGGGAGGAAGACCUCGAAGAGGAGGAGGACGAGGAUGAUGAUUUCAGCUUGAAAAUGGCCACAUCGGCGUGCAACGAUCACGAGAUGUCCGAUAGUGAAGAGCCGGCGGUCAAGGAUAAGAUCAGUAAAAUUCUGGACAACCUUACCAACGAUGACUGUGCAGAUUCAAUUGCCACUGCGACGACGAUGGAAGUGGAUGCCAGCGCUGGUUACCAGCAAAUGGUGGAGGAUGUCCUAGCCACAACUGCAGCACAAUCUGCUCCCACCGAAGAGUUCGAAGGCGCUCUAGAAACUGCAGCUGUGGAAGCCGCUGCCACCUAUAUCAACGAGAUGGCCGAUGCUCAUGUACUGGAACUCAAGCAGCUGCAAAAUGGAGUGGAACUAGAGCUCAGGAGGAGAAAAGAAGAGCAACGAACGGGGUCGCAAGAACAGGAGCAAUCAAAGGUCGCCAUCGUGCCUACAGCAGCUGCUCCCGAACCACCGCCACCUAUUCAAGAGCCCAAAAAAAUGACUGGCCCACAUCUGCUUUAUGAAAUCCAAAGCGAAGAUGGCUUUACGUACAAAUCGAGUUCCAUAACUGAGAUUUGGGAGAAGGUCUUUGAGGCAGUACAGGUGGCCAGGCGGGCACAUGGACUUACUCCGCUGCCAGAGGGUCCUCUAGCCGAUAUGGGUGGCAUCCAGAUGAUAGGUCUUAAAACGAAUGCCCUUAAGUACCUAAUUGAACAGUUGCCAGGCGUGGAAAAGUGCUCAAAAUAUACUCCCAAGUAUCACAAGCGCAAUGGCAACGUGUCCACAGCGGCGAAUGGAGUACAUGGAGGCAACUUAGGCGGAAGCAGUGCAUCAGCUGCCCUAUCAGUGUCUGGUGGAGAUUCACAUGGUCUGCUCGACUAUGGAUCGGAUCAGGAUGAAUUGCAGGAAAAUGCUUACGAUUGCGCCCGAUGUGAGCCUUAUGCCAACCGCAGCGAGUAUGAUAUGUUUAGUUGGUUGGCCUCCAGACAUCGCAAGCAGCCCAUCCAGGUGUUCGUCCAGCCGUCCGACAAUGAACUGGUGCCCAGAAGGGGAACUGGUAGCAACCUACCCAUGGCCAUGAAGUAUCGGACUCUUAAGGAGACUUACAAGGAUUAUGUUGGAGUCUUCAGAUCCCAUAUCCAUGGACGAGGCCUCUACUGCACUAAGGACAUUGAAGCAGGUGAAAUGGUUAUCGAAUACGCCGGUGAGUUGAUUCGCUCUACACUGACAGACAAAAGGGAACGCUACUACGACAGCCGCGGCAUUGGGUGCUAUAUGUUCAAAAUCGACGAUAACCUUGUAGUGGAUGCCACGAUGCGCGGCAAUGCGGCGCGUUUCAUCAAUCACUGCUGUGAGCCGAAUUGCUACUCAAAAGUGGUGGACAUCUUAGGGCACAAGCACAUCAUCAUCUUUGCGCUGCGCCGAAUCGUGCAGGGCGAGGAGCUUACCUACGACUACAAAUUCCCAUUCGAGGAUGAGAAGAUACCUUGCUCAUGCGGUUCCAAAAGGUGUCGGAAGUACUUAAAUUAAUAAAAGGAAGAUCAGUGUCGGAGAUAAGAACCAAGUAUGACGCUGGGCGUCGAAAUUAAUCCGUAUACUCAGCAAAAGGGGUUGGUUUUACACAUCUGAAAGAUCCCAAGGGUGGAAAGAAAUCCAAAAAUGUGAAUACAACGUCGUUGACCCGAAUACAUUGCUUUUAAUAUCAUGUUUUACCUUUUGAAUGAAGAAUAUCUAAGACAUUUACGAAAAGUAUUUUAAAGUCAUAGUCCAAUGCAAGAAACUACUCCAACUUUUAUAAAAUAAAAAUUUGGUACAUCACUUAGAUGUAAUUAUUAAACUAUACUUGUUCUGAUUGGACUAAAAUAAUCGAUUUUCAACGAUUCGCUAUAUACAGUUGAACAUUAAUUUUUAACCCUUUAUUACAACCAGAAAUCGAUCAAAUAUAUUCUCAGACCAAUUAAGAUAAUCAUUAAAUGAUAGCCUGUUUUUCUUUUGAGUAAAAGCAGACAUGAUAUUAAAAACAUUUUUGUUCAGUCAAACCGGCUUGUAAAUGUGCAAAGAUUAUUUUCUGUACCAAUUUUCAUUGCAAAAAUUAAUUGCUGCCCACAAUAGGGGCAGAAGAAACUCACCUGGAAUGAGAAUUGAAACACUUGUAGUUAACGGUUAUAUCGAUCUAUGUUUGGUCAAUCGUGAUACUUUUCGUUUUACAACCCCCAUACGUCUUAAGUAGUUGAUAUGUAAAAGUUAAACAGUUGAUAUUAUUAUAUAUCCUAUAUCUAAAGAACACGGCACACAUUAGGCAACGAAGCAAAUAUAUCCGAGCGAUCGGAGUGAAGAACAGAAACUCGAUGACGUCAGUAUUCAAGGGGAGAGAAUUAAUAAUUGUAAAUUAAAUAUGUUACGUACUAGCUACCUACCACAUACGGAUAAUGAUAUGCAGAUCAGUUAGCUAACUAGACUAGGGCUCCACAGAUUCUAUAAACAAAUACAAAUAACUAAGCUAAGCUGAUAAAUAUAACAUUGUUGGGCUUAGGCGAAUAACAGAUAAACGAUGGGAGACAUUAAAAACAAUUACUUACAGGGGCUUGUGUUAGAUUGUACAUAUAUUGCAUACGAAUUAUAAAUAUCUAUAUUAUAUAUCUACUGUAAUAAGAAAUUAACUAACCUUAAGUCACCAGGAUUGUGUAAGAGGAAACUAUUUUAUGUAGAGCUCUGCGUAUUUAUGUUUGUUACCAAUUAACCUACUGAUUAAUUGAUUGAACUACGAAUAAUAUCCGCAACCACAUGCUUAUAUAUAUAUAUAUAUACAUAUAUAUAUUUAGAGAAAGAAACCAAGCAUCACCCUUGAAAUUAUUGUAUUGUGAACAGGCAACCACAACAACAGCAGCCAAUUGUAAUUGUACCAACUCCAUUGAUUGUAUAUUUAUUAUUUUACACCUAAGUUAUAAAGCAUGUACAUUUUUGUGACCGUUUGUUUGCCUUGAUUUAAGCUCAAGCGUAAUCAUAAUUUGUGACGCCUAUCUUAAGUUCAGCUCCCUUGUAUUCUACUAGUUUAACAAUUCUUUCGCUUAAGACUAGCAUUAUAGUCCGCUCUGGUAUUUGUCCAAAAUUGUACACACAAACAGCAGGCAGAUAUGUAUAUUCCUAUCGGGGCGAUCGGUCGGACUUGUACAGGCAAAGUUCCAUAGCAUUUUUUGGCAGCCAUUCAAGACGCGCGCACUUUUUGCACGCUGUCGAGGAAUUUUAUAUUUUUAUUCCCUAAAGAAAAAAGUUUAAUAAACUACAGAUUAAAAUUCAAA